AUCACGGCUAUGCAACCCUGCACCAACAUAUUCAAAACUCGCGUUCGCACUCACCUUCACCAUCCACAUACGCUGGCAAAAACAACAUAAUAUCCCGACCUAACGAGCAUACGCGGAAGUAAUCCGCAUAACUAACAACUUAAGUCAGCAUAGAGUCUGGUGGUGUCCCCGUCGACGAAGUUCUGCACCAUGCCAUAACAACAGCAGACAACCCGGAUGGAAGUGAAACCAUUUCCGUGCAAGGUCGCCGGCUGCAAGGCCAGCUUCGCCACCGAGGACCACCUGAACGCCCACAAGGAGGCCAGACACGACGAGUCCGGAAUGCUGAACCUGGAGCUCGCGAACAAGUCGAACCUGUUUGCGGACCAGACUCCGACGCCAACGCGGCUGAUUGGCAAGUGCGAGGAGGUGGGCCUGUUUGAAGAUCUGCAGAAUGUGAACCCGUUCGAGGAGACGUUCCGGCGAGCGGUCGAGGAGAAGAGUGAGGGCGCGGCUGUUGAGGGUGGGGAGGUGGGGAAGGCUGGUGGGACUGGGGACGAUACGCUGCAUACGCCGCACGUCUUUCCGUUGUUGGAACGUCGCGAGAGCAUUAAGGAGCGCACGUACAAACUGUCCAAGUUGGUCAUCUCGAGGUCGGUGUCAAAAAAGGAUGAAGUUGGCAGUGGUCAACCUGUGACAAUCGCGGCGGAUCUCAAGAGGAAGGCGAACGACGCUGGUGUCCUAAUUGCCCCGAAGAAAGUCCCGGUGGCCAUCUUGCCCAAAGCAACUCCAGUUCAACCCGACGCACCAUCGUCAAUAUCCGCUGCUUCCAGUGACUCCGAUCCGGACCCAGUAAAGGUCAAGUUGAAGAAGUACCUGGCCAGAAACGGUUCAACUCCAGUUGAGACUUCCAAAUCGACGUCCAAGAAAGUCACUAAACAGUCUACAGAUACUACCAAGAUCACAAAGUUGCCCGACCGCAACCCAAGCAAUUCCCACGAAGAAGACAAGGAAAAAACAGAAAAGCACGAGCGGUGGAAAGCUGCCGCAAAACGUUACCGCACCCGCCUCAAGCAAAACCAGGACAUGAUCGCCCAGCGGAACGCCGCCCUAGAGGAAGAAAACGCCCGGCUGAAGGCUGAGGUGGUGCGGUUACGAAACCAGCUCCAACUGCACCGGGACUGUCCGGUGGCGCGUGCCUUACCAACGACGACGGCUGGUCCGUCGAAAGUGCCUCCGCCGAUCGUACAGCAGCCGCAGCAGCCGGUGGUUGUGGGUAAAAAUCCCGUGUACAUUGUCAUUGCUGCUGCUGCGGGGUCACCACCGCCUGGUUUGGUGGUAGCGGCACCGCAGAACCAUCCUACGGAGAAGCGAUCGUGAGCGCUGUUGAGUUUGUUGGUUUUAGAGAAAUAAAGUUAGAUUUU